AAGGGCCCUCGCACCCGGGACACCACCACCCGGUGGCCUUAGGAAAACAGUGAGUAGUGAGUGACUUGCAAAGUUUCAUGAGUUUUCGAGCAUGUUUAGGCCCUCAAAAAUACAGGAAUGCUUUAUCAGAGCCAUCUGGAUCUGAUCUAAUUUCAACCUUUUAUUUGAGUAUUCUGGCUCAAUUUUGCCAUAUUGUUACAACCAUAUACCAGUUCGUGUGUGUGUUCACAGUUCACAUAGAAGGCUCUGCCACAAUUCAACAAGUUUCGUAGCAUUCCGAUGAAGUUACAUAUAAUUAAAAUAAAUAAAUAAAACAUAUUCGAUCAGAAGUGACCGAAGAACAACAGAUGGUUAAGGUAGCCUACAUUUAAAAACGACGGUGAUACAGACAAAAAAAAAAAAAAAAUAGUGUCAAGUGACCAUAUUUACAGGUGGUCUAGAUUAAUUUGUUGAUUGGACUCGCCGUUUGCCCAUGCGAGCUUGGGUGCGCAUGUGAGGUAAAACAAACUGGCGAUGUCUUGCGAACUAAAAAUAUUAACUACAGUCUUUAUAUUAUCAACAAUAUCACUUCAUCUCAAUUGUCGUUCUUUUAGCGCUACGUCUGAGCGGAAAGGUUAUUCAGGAGGAAGCAGCAGUAGUAGUAUGUUGUCUUCCAAUAGAAAUAAGAAUGAAACGAUACCUCUACAGUCGAGUAAAUACAUGUAUGAAUUGCUAUCAAACGACAGUGCAUCUAUGCGCUUGAACAAUGAAAAAACUCCACUCAGAAGUUUCCACACAAGAGCUUUUGAAAUCGAAGCUGGAUUUCAAGGUGACGCCCCAGCAUUUGGGGGACCAGGAAUUAAUAAGAAAAUUUAUCAAAGUGGGUCUAGCUCCCAAUCCACAGAUAUGUGGCUGGCAUUACCCAUGGUACACUGCUCCGGAGAGGUAAUGACCUUAACAGCCUCUGGAAGAGAAUACAUGCACAUCUUUGUAGAUAGAGCGAAUGCAGCCCCACUGCCUUUAUUCCAGGUGCCUGCAUAUUGUGGAUAUUCUGUCAGGGUCACAUGGAAAGAUCUGGUCCUAAUGGCCCCAUAUGAUGGGUGCUACAUCACACAAGAGAAUGGCAGUUAUGUUCUAUCACUGCAGUGGUGGGGCAGUCCCAUAAAGAUAUCCUGUCCUAUGACACCUGUGAUCUCACAGCCAACUCCUUCCAUCUUGUGCUCUCAAUUUGGUAUGGUCAUUGCAAUAGAAGGCGCCCAGGAAGCUGCUGAGAAACACAGGGUUAAAGUGAAUGGGAACGUACUGCCUCUCCUAUCUGAGACAUGUGCAUAUCGCAUACAUUCUCCUCCUGAGGUCGUUCUACUUCAUACCGCUUUCAGCUCUGAAUGUGUGACUGUGACGGAUGGAGAGAACAUCCUCGUUGUCAUCUUGGAUGGAAAACAGUUCACCCUCUCUUGUCCAUUUCCUUACCACCUGUCUCGAUUUCUUCCCUACCUUCAUCCUCAUCCAUUCCAUGAACCACUGCAGCCCAAUCAGGAGCAGGUGUCUUUUAUCCCACAAGUUCCUGCUUUCCCAGCAGUCCCUGGUACCACACAGCAGCCUGUAACACCUAAACCAGAUUCAUCUAAACCUACUGUGAUCCCUCACCUUCCUUAUGAACAACCUGCAGUUCCGCAGUUUCAUCCUGACAAAUACCCUCAUACCUCUCAUCAUGACGCACAUCCCAUCCAUCAGAUACCCAGUGUCCAUCAGCACCAGAAACCGCCUGCUCAUAUUUAUCAUCAUCCAGCACCUCCUGUUGAUGCUCCUCCUGAACCUUCCAUACAACAACAUCUGCCUUUACCUGUAGAUCAAAUACCACAAACACAUGAACAGAUGGUGCCCCAAUACCCAGUGAUGCCCACUCCACACUAUGCACCGGAGCCUAUAUCCUGUCCCCCUUAUCCUGUGUCAUUCUGUUCUCAGUACCCCAUCCUGUACCAUCAUCAGCCAGCCAUGACCACUGCUUCACAACCAACCAUCCAGCCAAAGCCAUGGACCUCAUUUCCUUGGCCUACAUACAAGCCCCUUGUACAAGAGACCCUGUUCCCCCAGAUCCCUGUCUUUCCUCCGACUCCCCCUGCAGAACCCCCUAAGAUGUCUCCAUCACUUGUUUGCACGCAGAACAGAUUAAUAGCAACUUUGCCCUCAGCUAGAAUGGACUCCAUUAAAGUCAAAGAUCUGAAGACAAAUACCUGGAUGUCCAUCGCAUCUGUCCCAGCAGCCUGUAACUACACACUCCACUCCAGAGGUGGCAGUAUUGAGCUCUCUUCACCACUACCUUCCUGCCACACACAAAAAAAGUCCCCCACAGUGAUCUCUCUGUAUGUCAGGUUCUGGGAUUCCUCUCAACUGCGAUUCCGGACCCUACAGCUUCAGUGUCACUACGUUGGAGAUAGAGGCACACAACCUACAGUUCCUCCAUUCAAACCCCUGGACCAGAUCGUACCUCACUUUACAACCAUACACACACCCGCUCAACCACCACCUAAAUUUCAGGUGGUGUGUUCUAGCCAACAUAUGAGUGUAAAACUACCUCCUGUACCAACAUCUGGCCUCAUUGUUCAAGCCGCUUCCAGUGGGAUCCAAACAGAAGCUGCUCCUAUAUUGAAGGCUCCGAGUCAUUGUGGGUACUCUGUAAAAAGGGGUAAAGAUGGUGCCAUCAACGUCCUCCUGCCUUAUUCUUCUUGUCACAUGACGCAUAAGGAUGGGCAGUACAGAAUUAUAUUAAAAUAUCAGACACCGGAAGGACGCACAGUUGAGUCCUUGCUGUCAUGUCAGGCUUCUUUCAGUCAAGAAUGUAAUGUCGCACCUGAGCAGCGGCUGGUCUGUGGAUUUGGGGCUUUAUCUUCAUCAGAGUGCCACGACAGAGGCUGCUGUUAUUGUGUAGACACCCAGUCGUGUUAUUACCCCAUGGACGAAUGCACAAUGGAUCGACAUUUUGUUUUCUCGGUUCACUCAUCUGUCGCGGAUCCGCCCUUUUCCCCAGCCACCCUCGUCACGGCUGGCAACAGCCCUUGCACACCCCACAAAGUUACUGCUGACUUGGCCCUCUUCAAGAUCCCGCUGGAUGAAUGUGGGGUGCACAGAUAUGAGGUGGGUAAAACAGUCAUCUACAUGGUAGAGAUCCUGAAUAGCGUGCAGCCCAUCAGUCUAAAUUACGGCACCAUCACUAGAGAGUCGCCUGUAAGGCUACUGGUUGAGUGUCGGUAUUUACCCGGAUCUGUGGUGAGUGUGGGUUACCUGGUGAAAAGCCCCUCCUUCGGACCUUCUAUCAAAGCUCAGGGGGUGUUUGGAGUUCAGCUCAGGAUUGCAAAAGAUGAGCACUACGACAGCUUUUACCCACAAUACCACCAGCCCCUGCAUGUGCUGCUGGGGAAACCCCUUUACCUGGAAGUGCGUCUGCUAAACCCUCCAGACCCCACAGCUAUGCUGCUGGUGCAUUACUGUGUUGCAUACCCGCGCUCUGCACAAUCAGCCUGGAUCCUUAUUUAUGACGGGUGCCCGAAUUUUCUUGACCAGACCCCAACCCACACGCCUCCUGCUACGCCUGCAGAGGCUCUGACCAAUCAUGUUAGACGAUUCACGAUCACUACAUUCCAGUUCCUGUCUGAAGAUGCCAACCUGCUGGCAGAUGAGGAGAUAUAUUUUAUGUGUUCAACGGAGGUUUGUCUGCCCUCAGAUGGUCCGUGUGUUGAGGGCUGCUUUGCAGAUCCCUCUGUGAAGUUCUGAGAGAAGACUUAUGAGCUGUAUAAUGCCCAACUACUAAACUACCAUUCUUUUUGUUUGACAGAUGUACACAGUGUCUCACUAACAAUUGUAAAACAAUAAAGCUUUGAAACAGU